UUACUGUUCUCUGCUAUAGUCAUACAGGGCAUCUGCGAAACUAGCCGAGCCUACCUCUCCGAUCGCGUUUCUUUCUUUGCUACCCCGACUCCGUCCCGUUGUUGCAGAGUCCGCGGGGCUCCCACCGACAAGAUGGUGAACAUCACGGAGAAGAUCAAGGAGAUUGAGGAUGAGAUGCGCAGGACGCAGAAGAACAAGAACACAGAAUACCAUCUGGGUCUGCUCAAAGGAAAGCUUGCCCGACUGCGCGCCCAGCUCCUGGAACCUACCGGUGGCUCAGGCGGCGGUGGCUCCGGAUUCGAUGUCAGCAAGAGCGGUGACGCGCGAGUGGCCCUGGUUGGGUUCCCCUCCGUCGGAAAGUCCACCUUCCUAGGCCAGAUCACGCGGACGAAGGCCGAGACCGCAGCCUACGCGUUCACCACGUUGACGGCUAUCCCUGGUGUGUUGGAGUAUGGCGGCGCCGAGAUCCAGAUUCUGGAUUUGCCUGGUAUUAUCGAAGGGGCUUCUGAGGGUAAGGGGCGAGGGCGGCAGGUUAUCUCGGCUGCUAAGACAAGUGACUUGAUCAUGAUGGUCCUCGACGCCACGAAAAAAGCAGAGCAGCGCGCUCUUCUAGAGGCGGAACUGGACGCCGUGGGAAUUCGGCUGAACAAGGACCCUCCGAACAUCUACUUGAAACAAAAAAAAGCGGGCGGCAUCAAAACCACCUUCCAGACACCGCCCAAGUACCUCGACGAGAGGAUGAUCUUCAACGUGCUCAAAGACUACAAGAUCUUGAACUGCGAGGUGCUGGUUCGAGACGAGAAUGCCACAAUCGACGACUUCAUCGAUGUGAUCAUGAAAGACCACCGGAAAUACAUUCGCUGCCUCUACGUCUACAACAAAAUCGACAGCGUCAGCCUCGACUUCCUGGACCAGCUCGCCCGCGAACCCUACACAGCGGUCAUGAGCUGCGAGCUCAACCUCGGCGUGCAAGACGUCGUAGAACGCCUGUGGAAGGAACUCCGCUUGAUUCGGAUUUACACGAAACGAAAAGGCGACGAACCCGACUUCUCGGAGGCCCUCAUCGUCCGCCACAAUUCGACCAUCGAAGACGUGUGCGACCAGGUGCAUCGCACACUGAAGGACUCGUUCAAGUAUGCGAUGGUGUGGGGCGCCAGUGCGCGCCAUGUGCCGCAGCGGGUGGGACUGAGCCAUCCUGUGGCUGAUGAGGAUGUUGUGUCUAUUGUGGCGAAAUAAAUGAAAUAAUUAGUUACUUGCUUGCUACACUG